CAAAGCCAGAAAAAACCCAUUUCUCUUUUUCCUUUUUCUCUUUUUUCCUUAUUUCCUUAUUUCCUUUGUAGGGUCUUCUCUAUUUCCUUUCGACACUCACUUAUCAACCACAUCUCCCGUUGCUUGAUAAUAACAAUUCUUCUUUCGUUCCUCAUACCAACGACAAAAAUAUCCAACAUCAAAAUGCAGUCCGUCUUCGUCGCCCUUUUUGCCAUUGCCGGCCUUGCCAGUGCUGGACCAGCCGUUGAGAAGCGAGCUGAGUGCCCUGGCACCGGAGCCUACUACGUCUGCGGCAACAACAACUUCCGCGGUUACUGCAGCGUCGACCCCUGCGCCAUUCCAUGGUGUCCCGACUUCAAGCUAAAGACCUGCGAGCCUGCCACCGCCGAGAAGCCGGCCGGUGAGAGCCCCACCACCACCGUCAUCGCCGAGGUCCCGGCCACCACCGCCGAGACAGUCAAGAACCCCGGCGCUUAUCCUCCCGGUGAUGUCUGCCCCCCCGGCCUGGGCCGUCUCCAGGUCUGUGCCAACAACGGUUUCCGCGGCUGUUGCAAGGCCGAGGCAUGCGGCGCCGCCUGGUGCCCCGACUACAAGCCCGGCACCUAUGAGCCCGUCAAGACCAUGAAGGUCAAGGUCCGACAGUCUGAUCCCACCGUCUGCGCUCCCGGCACUGGCUUCUUCCAGUCUUGUUCCAACGGUUUCCGUGGCUGCUGCAAGCAGGACGCCUGUGCUGGAAAGACUCCCACGUGCCCCCAGCCCAAGAUUAAGGCUCGCCAGUCCGACCCUACUGUGUGCGCCCCUGGUACCGGCUUCUUCCAAUCAUGCUCCAACGGCUUCCGGGGUUGCUGCAAGACUGACGCCUGUGCUGGAAAGACUCCUGUCUGUCCUCCUGCGAAAGUCAAGGCCCGUCAGGCCGACCCUACUGUCUGCGCUCCUGGUACCGGUUUCUUCCAGUCUUGUUCCAACGGUUUCCGUGGCUGCUGCAAGCAGGACGCCUGUGCUGGAAAGACUCCCACGUGCCCCCAGCCCAAGAUUAAGGCCCGCCAGUCUGAUCCUACUGUCUGCGCUCCCGGCACCGGAUUCUUCCAGUCUUGCUCCAACGGCUUCCGGGGCUGCUGCAAGAAGGACGCUUGCGCCGGAAAGACCCCCACCUGCCCCCAGUAA